AUGAUGCUUGAGGAAGAAGGAGUUCACCCUUUGGAAAAAUACGACUGGUUCAAACACAGAUAUGACGUAUUUGAAGAGUCGAAACAAAGAUUGGUGAAAGAUGAUAAAGUUUCGAGGCCUAAGAUACAACGGCUUCCCGGUUACAUGGGGGGACGCGCGGAGUUCAAAACAUUCUACUUGCCCAAGCUGAUUGAAAUUGGUCCAAUCCUUCAUCUUCAAAGUAACGCAGGUCUAGGAGACGCACAAAAGCUUAUGUGGACAUCAAUGUUUCUUGAAGAUACCAAGAAAGACGCUCGUGAUUUAUGCAAAAAGAUGUUUGAUCAUUUGGAAGAACUAAUGCCGCUAUUCUCGCCAGGCUGCUGGAGAUACAGACAGGAAGAACUAACGACGCUACUUUCACCAUUCGGGAUAGCCAAAGAUGAUAUCGAUCUCGCUAAUGGAGACUUCAAAGAUAUCAAGUCGUGGAUUUUGUUUGUGGAUGGAUGUUCGGUACUCCAAGUGUUGGAGAAAUCUAACCAUUCUGAUUCUGAUCCAGAACAAGUGUUGCGGGUUAGCGUUGACCAGCUGGUACGGGUACACCAGGAUCUGCUCCUCUUGGAGAACCAAAUUCCCUUCCAAGUGCUCAAGCUCUUAAGCAAGGACGAAGCCAAACUGAAGAAAUGCAUGGAAAAUUUCCUUCAAAUUCACCGUAAUACGCUGCCAUCGAGACCAGGAAAGCAGGAGACUACAAGCACGGGUGGGGAAGUGUCGCGCUCGCGAUCGCAAGAGCACAAGGUAACAGUCCAAGACGAAGACGACCCAGUUCAUCUUCUCGACCAUCUCCGCAGGGCCAUCCUGGGAAAUAGUGGUGAUUGUGACCAAGGCCACAAGGAUGACGAGAGUAACAAGAACCAGCCAAAAUCCCUGCAGCUAAGAAAAUAUAGGAUUGGGAGCAUACGAGAGCUCAAGGCAGAAGGGAUUCGAGUGAAGAAACAUCCAAACAACACGUUUUUCCACCCAAACUUCGUUGCUGGACAACUACAACUUCCUGAGCUCACAGUGGAUGGCUCAACAGGAUUCAUUUUUCUGAACCUGAUAGCAUACGAGAUGUGUCUAGACUUUCGCAACAACAUGGAGAUCAGCUCAUACGUAGUGUUCCUCAGCUCUCUUAUUGAGCAGCUGGAGGACAUGAAGGAGCUCAGGUCUGCUGGCGUACUCCGCAACGAGCUUGCCAGCGAUAAAGAAGUGGCUGAUCUGUUUAAUAAGAUGGACGUUGUGUUGGUGCCCCCGACGCAGAGAUAUGCCAACAUUAUAGGCCAAAUUGAAGACUAUAUUAAAUCCAAGCAGGGCAGGAUCAAAAUCUUGCGUUGGAUGGACGACGCCUAUAAUACGUACUUCAGCUCGCCAUGGACCAUCAUUGCCUUGCUGGCUGCAGCGUUGGGUCUUACUCUUACGUUUAUCUAG